AUGUUCAGACGACAGUUGUUGAUGAGCACGAGUGUCCAAGAACUGGACGACAUCUCACAACAGCCCGAGUACCGUAAUUUAUUUACGCGUGAAAAAUGGGCACAGAUUAUGCAGUGUGUAUAUAAUGCGCUCAAUCAGAAUACUGCUCCAACACUUGAGACUGCGACGUCAAGUUCUCAAUUAAAUGUCUACAUUGGUAACGUAGGCUCCGACUGGUGA